CCUCGGGUCCCCUGGUGCUGUGAGCGCUGUGUCCCGAUGCUCCGGUCUCCGUGGUCUUGCCCUGGACCCCUUUGUUGGAAACGGGCGCCCUGACUUACGACACGCUUGUUUAAAGUCUGGCUUUUCGCGGCUCCAAACAGUCCUCUGAGUCACUGCUGAGGGUUUCGGCGGACCCCUUUUCAGAUGCGGACACCUGAGGAGUUAAAUUUAGUUCCCGCCAGCCUGGUUAAAUUUAUUCUUUCAGCUUCUGCUUUUGAGGGAGUGACUCUGGCCUCAGCAUUGCUGUCAGACAAGAAGAUGAAUAAUCUUUCCUUCAGUGAACUGUGUUGCCUGUUCUGUUGUCCGCCAUGUCCAGGGAAAAUUGCCUCCAAGCUGGCGUUCUUACCUCCAGAUCCCACAUACACACUGAUGUGUGAUGAGAGUGGUAGUCGCUGGACUUUACAUCUCUCUGAGCGAGCAGACUGGCAAUAUUCUUCUAGAGAAAAAGAUGCCAUUGAGUGCUUCAUGACUAGAACAUGUAAAGGCAACAGGAUUGCCUGUAUGUUCGUGCGUUGCUCGCCUAAUGCCAAGUACACUUUGCUCUUCUCACAUGGAAAUGCUGUUGACCUGGGUCAGAUGAGCAGCUUUUAUAUAGGACUGGGUUCACGGAUUAAUUGCAACAUAUUCUCCUAUGAUUAUUCUGGAUAUGGUGCAAGUUCUGGGAAGCCAACAGAGAAGAAUCUGUAUGCUGAUAUUGAUGCUGCUUGGGUGGCUCUUAGAACAAGGUAUGGGAUUCGCCCUGAAAACGUGAUUAUAUAUGGCCAGAGUAUAGGAACGGUACCAUCUGUGGAUCUUGCUGCUAGGUAUGAAAGUGCUGCUGUAAUUCUUCAUUCUCCACUGACUUCAGGAAUGCGAGUAGCUUUUCCUGAUACAAAGAAGACGUACUGCUUUGAUGCAUUCCCAAACAUUGACAAAAUUUCUAAAAUAACAUCUCCUGUCUUAAUAAUCCAUGGAACUGAGGAUGAAGUAAUUGACUUUUCACAUGGCCUGGCGUUAUUUGAGCGUUGUCAGAGACCUGUAGAACCACUGUGGGUAGAAGGAGCAGGACAUAAUGAUGUGGAACUCUAUGGACAGUACCUUGAAAGAUUAAAACAGUUUGUGUCACAGGAACUCGUGAAUUUGUAACUUUUGUUGUGUAUUUACAUGUUUUUUUUCAUUUCACUGCAGAACUGCACACCUUGAUAAAUAUGUAACUUAAAACCUGAAUGUUGUGUUUUCAAAUCAUCUUGGUUGCCUUCAUUAAAUGUACAGGGAAUGAUUUGUCAACAUAAUUAAUGAAGGUUUUAAUGCCAGCAUUAUAAACUGGAAUUACAUGAUCAUGCAGUCAGACUUGGCAGUUCAUAUUUCUUUGUGUGAGAUCUUUUUCUUCUUAGACUUGAAGAAAAAAAUCACAAGGAGUACUGUAAGGAAAUUUAAUUAUAUAAAACCAAAUGCUGUAAAAAUGUUGCCAAGUGCUUUAGCAUAUCAAAAACAAGUUUAUAAAUAUUUUUUAAAUAUCUCAAGGUGUACUGUGACUUGCUCUGUUGCACAGGUGUAAUUAAAAAACAGACUUCCAAGCAGUUGUUCUGUAGAAAUGUAAUAGCCAUGAAAUUUGAGCAAAUACUAAUGUAUGUAAUAAGAACCAACAGUCACUGAAAAUUACUCAUGCCCUGUUACAGGGAGAGGAGUACAAAAUAGAUAUAUUUUCCCAUAUUUUUCAUUUCUUUUGUGCUUAGUUUUCCUUUAGUUAUUUUUUUAGUCUUGUUGUCCCUUAGCUUUCAAGAUAAUAAAAUGUACCCACUCAUGUUCUCAGGAGUCCUAAUCUUGCCAAAAUAAUGCCACAAGUUAUCAUAGUUGUAAUGCAAGUAUCAUUCACAUAAUUACUACUGAGGACCUUUCUUUGAAAAUAGGUGAAAUACCUCAUUGAAACCAGUAAGACUUUUAAAACAUAGAAUACUUCUUGAACCAUGUAGUUUUAAACACUGAUUUUCUAGAGCCACAAUAUGUCAUUAAGAAGAACUUUGAAGUUUAUCCAACAUUGUAAUAAAAAAUUUGUAACUUGC